AUGAUUGGAUUGUUGUGUGCUUCUUAUCUAAUAUUCUGCUAUUUUCUGUUUCAGUGCAAUGAACUGGAGGAUGACGAGUCCUGCAGUGGCCUCACAGACCUUACACUCUCAUCCCUGGAUGUGGGAAUAUUGGGAACCCUCCAGGGGUACAUUGACAAUUCCAUCAUUUCUAUCAUUGAUGACAGUGCAACUCAGGCUGAGAACAAAGGCCACUUCAAUGAGGAAAACGAACUCUCUCUUCUGACAGCCCUAACUGAGAUAUUGGACAAUGCAGAUGAUGAAAAUAUGUCACCAUUUGACUCCAUUCCUGAUACAGAACUUCUGGUGUCAUCAAAGGAUCGGGAUGGAUACUCAAAAUUCCUCAGUCUGUCCCGUACACCACCUGAUCGAGAGAUUACUUCAUUGGAUGACCAGCGUUGGGUUAAUUAUGCCAAGGUUGAUCGUCGCUGUCCCGGGCCCAACUGGGAUCUCUUUCCAGACACCGUCAACUCUACCCCAAUAAGACGCACCAGACAGAAAAGCGUAAGAGCAUACUUACCCUGCAGAGCAAGAACAACGCAUACCCAAGAGCGAAGCGACGGAGAAGAGGAGGAGGUUCACCACCCAGAGAAAAUACAAUUACAGAUCCCUAAUUUGCUGCCUGUUGCUAAUGACUCUUCCUUAGAUUCUGAAGAUGAAAUUGUUGAUUUUGAUGAUGAACAUCACUCGAGGCACGGCACCCCUUGUAUCAUUAAUACUGAAAAUGUCCCUCUUACCGAUCUGGUGAAAUACAUGCACCCAUAUUGCCUGCCGGCUUUAACUGCGUGUCUAGAUCCUGAAGAGGAGGACCUCAUGGAUGAAACGGUGUUUCUUGAAAUUGUGUCCGAUCAAGGAGACUCAAUAAGAAUCCCUGUAGUUGUUGAAGAGCCAGGGGACUUGAUAAAUUACCAGUCGUCAGAAGACACUAUCCCUGUACUCAGUGCUUUAGAAGAUGUGGUUGCAAAACCCCAAACUCUGUCCACACGCGAGUCCACCUCAGAACAACGUGUUCCUGAGGUGGAUGUUAAUCAUGAAGGAAGCAUUGGUGUAAUGGAAGACGAAGAAUCUUCUGAAUCGGUUGAGGACAAAAUUAUGGAAAGCAUACCAGAAGUUGAGAACACGCCCACCGAAUCUUUGAAUGUAGAAGAAACAGUUGACAAAGUUUCUAAUAAAGAAGACCAAACGAAUAUGGAUAGUAGAUUAGAUUUAAACUCUAAGCAGAAUAAUGAGGAGGUUAUGGUACCGGUUUCAGACAAAGAAAAGGUGUUCAAAGGAAAGAAGUCUACCAAAGAUAAGCAUCUCAAGAGCUCAAAGUCAAAAGCUAAAAGCAAAAAUAAAGGUGCCAAUGAAGGCAAAUCACAAGAAGUUCAGGAAAUUGUUGCACUGCAGAAUCCCGCUCAGUCUACUACAUGCCGAUCAGGUAAUCCUUCACUGCAGGAGUCUGACUUCUUGAUAAAGACAUUGGAUAAGGUGAAAAAAGAAUCAGAGCUGGAACUUCAGGCCUCUAAGAUCCGCAGCAAAGCAAGGUCUCGUCCUAGCUUAGACCAUCCAGAGAAAAAAAUGAACUUCGAAAACAUUAAAAAGGAGGAAAAAACUACUUUUGUAGAUACUGAACAGCCCAAAUGUAUCGUAGAUGCAAAAGUUGAUCCUGUCUCAGAGAAGAAUACUGAUAAAGAUGAAGAUCUAAGCUCCAAGUCUGACAUGAUUAAGGAGCAUGUCGCCAAUGAUAAAAGCGACAGCCAGGACAUUGUUUCUGAAACUGCCGAUAUUGGCUUGGAGGGUACGUCCAAUGUGGAGCCAAAUGAAACUGUCCUGCAAGUAAAGGACUCUAAGCCCAAGUCACUUAGUUUAAGUGAAUACAGGAAGAGGCUUCAGAGCCGAAAACCUAACCCUGAUCGAGAGAAUGAAAUCUCAUCCUGCAGCAAGUGGCCUUCUCUUCCUGAGCCACCCACAGAGUUAGCUGAACUUCCAUGCUUGAUUGUGCCUGCAACAUCAAAUAAAGCAGCCGUCCAGGGAAAGCCAAGCCCAAGUAAACCAGAAAGCUGCUGUGCACAGGUUGCCCCAGCCACCUCCAGUACAUCACCACCCAUUGUCCCAAUGGCCCCUAUGACUACUCGGGAAAACCUUCCACAAAAAUUGGCUGACAAACCAUGCUUAAAUGCUAUGGAUACAACACUGCCCCCUAUGAUGCCUUUACAGACAAACAUACCACCUCCAUUUUUUCAUCCUGCAUGGCCAACUGUACAUUCACAGCCACCUUAUUACCCCGGUGUACAAUCUUUGCCAGUAGUUCCUCAGUUUCCCAACACCUUACCUCCAAUGAUGCCCAUGCAACCACCCCCAACAAUGAUGAGUUGGCCUCCAUUUCCCCCACCACCCAUUGCAAUUGGUCCUAUGCAUCCUAAUGGUUGGCCUUCUGGCCUGCCACCACCUUAUUGGCCGAAUCCACCAGUGCCCCAAGGAUUGCCUGAAAUCCCUGUUCCUUUCAAUAUAGCAAGUCAGCUUGGAGUACCCGAUCAGAAGUUCCCACAGGAUGCUAAAGUUCCAUCUAGGGAAUGUAGCCCUCAAAAACAAAGGCCAGUUCAAAAACCUGCUGAUGGUAAGAAUGGAAAGAAGGAACGAAAAGCGGCUGAAGCAUCAGAUGCUAUUAAACCUGGUGUUUCAAAUAAAUGUGACCGUAUAAAUUCACAUUCUAAAUCCGGGUUACAAGUUUGUUCAGAGGUUAAGAAACCGGAUUCUUCACUGGCACAAGCUAAAAUGCUGCCAGAGUCUAAGAAGACAAGUCUUUCAAUCCCUGACCUAAAAUCUGCCAACGAGGUGGUCUGCAAAAUCAUGGAAAUUCUAAAAAAGGCCCAAAAGUUUGGAUUUCAGAUAAACCCGCCACUUCUAUCAGUUGCUCAGAAGACUGAGAAACCUACUAAAGCUCACGAAUCAAUGGAGGUCAAUAUAUUAAAGUCAGCUGACCCUGAGAAGGCCAGUGUUAGUGGCGUUGGUGCACAGAGCCACCCUAUGCCUGCCAUAGGCAAACCUUCAGCCUUGCCCGUUGAGCAAACAAAACCUGAAGCUGCUCCAAGCACCCUUGUAAAAGAGGAGAAAACCUUAAUAUCUACCGUUGGUGAAAAAACAGUUCCAGCAUCUGCCCCCCUACCAGUUGAAGCACUUUGCACCCCCUCUGAGGCGUUAGUUUCUAAUCAAAAAGAGCAAGCAGAAAGCUUUGCUGGUGAGACAGGCAUUGAAGCAUCUGAUUUAACAAGCUUGCUGGAGGAGUUUGAGAAGUCUGAGGCUAAAGAUGAGGAGCGUCUGCCUCCCAGUCCUGAUAAAAUGGCUGUAGGAAACUCUGGAUCUGAGAAGCCAUUGGAAAAGAAGAUUCCUGUGGAUAAACAUCUGGCACCAGAGCUGGUUAAUACAGCUGGUCUCACCCCUCCUGCCACUCCACCGCAUCAGCUUUGGAAGUCUGCUACUGGAUCCCUGAAUGGCAAAUCUAAGUCCUUGCAGGUAACUGUUCAAGAGAAGUCGUGUCCCUCUGCGCUCAAGACCGCAAAGCUCAUUGAGCCAAAACCUUUGCCGCAGAGCAAGUUGAAAAACCGAACCCUUGUGUCAGCUGCCUCCAUCCCGGCUGUCCAUGUUGGAUCCGGUGACCAUGAUUACUGCAUCCUUUCAGCCACCGAUCAAGGGAAGGGUCCAGAGACAGCGGAGAACAGUGUGGUUGCCACCGGCCCAUCAUCUCAGAAGGAAGAAGGUUCCCGCUGGAAUGUUAAGCACAAUCAAAAUAUCAUUAUCAAGCCCAUCAUGCAGUUCAACAAGCGGCCACAGAACAAAGCUUGCUCCAAGCAGAGCACGCCAAAUUCAAAUGCACCUUCUGUCGUCGGUGAGCAGAGCACCAGCUGCGGCUCUGCCAAUCCUGCAACACCUUAUAGAAAUAUCCAAAAAGAUAGCAAUGACCCACUGGAUCAUAGGACUAAUGUUCUAGCAGAGUCUGCAGUGAAAAGUCCACCCGGGUCAGUGUUAAUGUCUCCAGACUCCUCGCCUUGUCGCAGUGAGCAUGGAGAAACCAGGACUGAUGUCAGAAGUGAAAACCCCUGCAUGUCACGGAGGUCGUUACGCUGCUAUAGGAAGUACAGGAAUUCCCCCAGCCCACAGAAGUCCACAUGGAGGCGGCGGUCUAGUGGUAGCCAUUCUGAUUCCUCAUCAUCAUCGUCAUCCUCCUCAACAUCGUCCUCGUCUUCAAGAUCUCGUUCAAGAUCUCCCCCACCAAAAAGGAGGAGAACAUCUAGAAGUCAUCACAGAUCGCGGUCAUCCUCCGGGUCUAGUUAUGGUUCACGAAGCUCCUCUAGAUCCUCCUCUAGUUCAUCCCGUUCAUGUUCUCCAUCAUCUAGCAGAUCGAGAUCUCGGUCCAGGUCUCCUUACAGGAGAAGAUACAGGAGCAGAAGUAGGAGGUGUGAGUCUCAGGACAACUACUACAGGGAGAAGAUACAUCAUAAAGAGCGAGCUAUAGAGGAGAGAAGGGUUGUGUAUGUCGGUAAGAUCAACAGUCGCAUGACCAGGUCGGAGCUCAGUAGACGAUUUUCUAUAUUUGGAGAUAUCGAGGAAUGCACCAUUCACUUCAGAGAGGAGGGUGACAAUUACGGCUUUGUGACUUAUCGCUAUACCGGGGAGGCCUUUGCUGCCAUAGAAAACGGGCACAAGUUGCGCCUUCCAGACGAGCUGCCCUUUGACCUCUGCUUUGGUGGCCGUAGACAGUUCUGCAAAAGUAACUAUGCUGAUCUUGAUUCAAAUCGUGAUGAUUUUGACCCGGCACCUGUUAGAAGUAAAUUCGAAGCUGUAGAUUUCGAUACGUUAUUAAGAGAGGCGCAGAAGAAUCAACGGAGGUAACGCAACGCCAACCCCGGGCCUCUGAUCAAUUAGAAAUUGUUUAACCAAAUGAAUUUACCUCAAAACACUGGAUAGAAGGCCAUUCAUCAAAACAAUGCAUGACCCUCCUUCCCCAAACC